AUGGCCUCCGAGUCCUCGCUGUCGGGUCAUGCAGCCAAUCUUGCCAACCAGUUUACACCACCGCAAAUUCGGUCACGUAUCACCAUCGUAUGCGCAGAAUGCAAGCGUCUCAAGCUAAAAUGCGACAGGAAGACUCCUUGCGGGAGUUGCGCAAAACGCGGCACCAUAGUGAGGUGUAUCUAUGCACCCGAAGCUGUGGAGAAGAUCGAUCUUCAUUCACUUCAUAAUCGUAUAUCUUCACUGAACGAUCGCCUCGUUCUAGUCGAGUCAACGCUCGCGAAAAUGAACGCAGCACCGCCUGCAUUCCAGUCGCCCUCACAGUCAUCAAUAACAGCGUACACUGGCACCCCGUCGACUGACUCCGUUCCACUCUUUGCGGAUGAUGUAUCUAUGCGGCUGGACCCCUUGAUAAGUGGGUAUCGCAGCUCACUGCGCCCUACACCCAUGUGCCACCUCCGCCCAAGCCGACUUCAGACGUCUUCGAAUUUCAAACGACGCCACCCCCUUCUGAGAUUGAACCGUAUCCCUAUCCCUCGAAGAAGAUGCAAUUGGAUUGGCAUACAUCUCAAAAAGAUGGGACACAGAUGCAGCCAACGCAAACAUCUGUAG